UGAAACUCCCUCUCAAAAAAAAAAAAAAAAAAAAAAAAAAAAAGGAUUGUCAAAUGAUUCUUGAAAGUAAUCCAUAAAUUAAAGAUAACAAAACAAGCACAAGAGAAAAAUGAUAGAGCCGUUUCCUUGACCUCUCACUAAUCUGCCGUUUUAAGAUAAAGAUAUCGUUUUAACUAUGAGAAGGUAACUGUUUUUCUAAAGAAACUCAUUUUAUGAAGAGAAUAUUUUGAAAACUAAUAUUUAGGAGCAUUUUCACCAUUCUAUGAUUGCCCAAAAACUGAUACUUAUAAAAACACUAAGUUUUAUACACAUACUAGUUGGAAAUAUUCCAACCUGUAGAAAUAUUCCAACAAGGAUUAUUUCCGUGGGGUUAAUUUGUUAAAAAUAUAAAAGAUACCACCUUUCUAUUAAUUUGUAACAGCUAAUUGACAUCAGGGAAGAUGAAAAUUUACUAGCUGGAUAUCAACCAGAUAUUUGUAUUAUUGGCAGUUGAGACUGAAAAGUGAAUAAAGGAGUCCACUUAUUCCAUUUAAAUAUCCUUUCACUUGGAUCUCCCUGUUUCCUUACUGUCCUAAUGAAUAGAAAUGAUCGUUACAAGCUGGGCAUGGUGGCUUGCACCUGUAGUCCCAGCUACUGGGGAGGCUGAGGAGAGAGGAUGGUUUGAAGCUAGAGUUGAAGGAUCCAGAGAUAAUUGUGCAGUGAUGCUAAGCCUGGGCCACAGAGCGAGACCCUGUCUCAAAAAAUUUUUUUAAUUUAUAAAAAGAGAAAUGCUUGUCACAACCACAAAAGGAUGUAAGAUAUACGCGUAUAAUUGUGGAAGUAAAAAUAAAUAAUUUAAAAAUACUUUCGGGUGCUCGCUUUGGCAGCACAUAUAUUACAGUUGGAAUGAUAGAGAAGAUUUGCAUGGCCCCUGCGCAAGGAUGACAUGCAAAUUCGUGAAGCAGUCCAUAUUGGAAAAAACAAAAAAUACUUUCGGGCCUGGCACUGUGGCUCAUGCCUGUAAUUCAGACACUUUGGGAGGCCAAGGCAGGCGGAUCGCUUGAACCCAGGAGUUGGAGACCAGCCUGGACAACAUGGUGAAAUCCCAUCUCUACAAAAAAAUACAAAAAUUAACCAGGUGUGGUGGUGCACGCCUGUAAUCCAAGGUACUUGAGAGGCUGAGGCAGGAGGAUCCCUUGAGCUGGGAGGUUGAGCCUGGGUGACAGACCGUCUCAAAAAAUUUAAAAAUUAAAAAAAAAAAAAUUCUGCAAGAUGAAGUAACAAUACCUAGAAAAUACAUGUGAAUUGACCAAAAAUUACUAUAGGUAAAAAUAAAUUUAGCAAAGCUGCUUUCCUAAAUACAACCCAAAAUAAACUGGGAACAGCUACAUACUGUAAUGGUUCCAUCUAUGUGACAUUCUAGAAAAGGCAGAACUAUAGAGAGGGAAAACAUCUGUGGUUGCCCAGGAGCUGGGGGUGGGAAGAGGGAAUUUACUUCAAAGAGGCACGAAGAAACUUGCGGGCCAAAGCUGUUUGGGUCUCCGUUACGGUGAUGUAUAUACGUUUGUCAGAGUUCACAGAACUGCACACUGAAGAAAGAUGGAUUUUACAGAAUGUGAAUUAUAUCUCAAUAAACCUGACUUUAAAAAACAGAUCGAAAAAAGAUGAUUCCAUUCCCAAAAAAGGGGGGAAGAUCAUUAUAUAGGUGAGUGUUCAUUUAAAUCAGAGUAAGAGAUUUAUCCGUGAAAAUCACAGUGGAGCGAACAAGGGGGAUGCUGAUACCGACCUCCUGGUUGGAAAGCCUGUAGAGCAACGCGGAUGACUGUGGGACUGCGGGUCAGGCGGUGGGCGCCGGAGCGAGGGGCUGGAGCUGGGUGCGCGGGCGGAGCAAGCCUGCCAGCCUGGGCGGGGCCUCGGCGCUGGAGCUGGCUGCGGGAGCCCGCUGUAUCGAGUCGCAGGCCGAGGAGACAUGGCUGCCCCCCACGACGCUGAGAUCCGGAAGGACGUGCAGACCUACUACGGGCAGGUGCUGAAGAAAUCGGCAGACCUCCAGACCAACGCCUGUGUCACCACAGCCAGGCCGGUCCCCAAGCACAUCCGGGAAGCCUUGCAAAAUGUACAUGAAGAAGUAGCCCUAAGGUAUUAUGGCUGUGGUCUGGUGAUCCCGGAGCAUCUAGAAAACUGCUGGAUUUUGGAUCUGGGUAGUGGAGGUGGCAGAGAUUGCUACGUACUUAGCCAGCUGGUUGGUGAAAAGGGACAUGUGACUGGAAUAGACAUGACCAAAGGCCAGGUGGAAGUGGCUGAAAAGUAUCUUGACUAUCACAUGGAAAAAUAUGGCUUCCAGGCAUCUAAUGUGACUUUUAUUCAUGGCUACAUUGAGAAAUUGGGAGAGGCUGGAAUCAAGAAUGAGAGCUAUGAUAUUGUUGUAUCAAACUGUGUUAUUAACCUUGUGCCUGAUAAACAACAAGUGCUUCAGGAGGCAUAUCGGGUGCUGAAGCAUGGUGGGGAGUUAUAUUUCAGUGACGUCUAUACGAGCCUUGAACUGCCAGAAGAAAUCAGGACACACAAAGUUUUAUGGGGUGAGUGUCUGGGUGGUGCUUUGUACUGGAAGGAACUUGCCAUCCUUGCUCAAAAAAUUGGGUUCUGCCCUCCACGUUUGGUCACUGCCAAUCUCAUUACAAUUCAAAACAAGGAACUGGAAAGAGUUAUCGGUGACUGUCGUUUUGUUUCUGCAACAUUUCGCCUCUUCAAAUGCUCUAAGACAGGACCAACCAAGAGAUGCCAAGUUAUUUACAAUGGAGGAAUUACAGGACAUGAAAAAGAACUAACGUUUGAUGCCAAUUUUACAUUUAAGGAAGGUGAAAUUGUUGAAGUGGAUGAAGAAACAGCAGCUAUCUUGAAGAAUUCACGAUUUGCUCAAGAUUUUCUGAUCAGACCAAUUGGAGAGAAGUUGCCAAUAUCUGGAGGCUGUUCUGCUUUAGAGUUAAAGGAUAUAAUCACAGAUCCAUUUAAGCUUGCAGAAGAGUCUGACAGUAUGAAGUCCAGAUGUGUCCCUGAUGCUGCUGGAGGCUGCUGUGGCACAAAGAAAAGCUGCUAAAUCUAGAGCCAACCAGGGGAUCACAGUAGUGGGCAAGAGUGAUUUGCAUGUUUUUUAACCUGCUUUUCCACAUAGCACAGACCAUAAGAAACAACAAAUGGGGCUGGACAUGGUGGCUCAUGCCUAUAAUCCCAGCACUUUGGGAGGCGGAGACAGGCAGAUCACCUGAGGUCAGGAGUUUGAUACCAGCCUGGCCAACAUGGUAAAAUCCUGUCUCUACUAAAAACACAAAAAAAUUAGCUGGGCAUGGUGGUGCACAUCUAUAGUCCCAGCUACUAAGGAGGCUGAUGCAGGAGAAUUGCUUGAACCCAGGAAGUGGAGGCUGCAGUGAGUCAACAUUGUGCCACUAUACUCCAGCCUGGGCAACAGAGCAAGACUCUGUCUCAAAAGAAAAAAAAAAGAAAAAAAAAACAACAAAUGGCAGAGAGCCACCAUAUUCCAAAUCACUGAAAAAAAUAAAUGAAUUAUUUUCACGAGGCAUUGAUUAAAGAUUCACAGCAAAUCAUAUGAAGACUUGUUAAGCAGACUUUUUUCUAUUUCCUAAUUCAAAGUUCUGGUGCCACGUAGUGGUCAGAAAUGGAACAGAGAAGCUGUCUUAAGGCUUGUUUAAGAAGCAGGAAAGGCAUCAGAAGAAGUAACAGUUGGCAGAGGGGCUCAGGAAAAAUAUCUUCCUUCUGAUCUUUUGCAUAGCACCCUUUGGACUUUUCAUCAUGUUUGCUUAUUAAACAAAGCUCCUACUGCCAUCAUACUAAUCAUGCCAAAGAUUGCCAAAUCAUGUUUGGUAGGAGAACUUUUGAGGUAGCUUUUAAGCAAAUGCUUUUUUUUUUUUCUUUUUCCUUUUUUUGCAAUAGAAUUAAGAAAACAAAUUAAUCAUAAACAUCUUUGAAUCAAGUAUCUCAAGAAAACAAAUGAAUAAUAAAUAUCUCACCCUAAUGACUGA